AUGACUACAACUGAGCUCAGUGAGAAUUUCACUGCUAAGCCCACCAUAUUCCACAGAUCUGGCUAUAGCAUCUUGGCAUUCUUAAUGUUUCUAAAUGCUGUCUUUUCAAUUUUUAAUAAUUUGUUGGUCAUUUUGGUGACUAUGAAAUACCCUCAACUCCGCAAUCCUAUUAAUAUUUUUAUCCUCAACCUCUCAUUUUCUGAUCUGUUAAUGACACUGUGUGGGACAACCAUAGUGAUUAGCACCAAUUACCAUGGCUAUUUUUACCUGGGCGAAAAAUUCUGUAUCUUCCAGGGCUUUGCCGUCAACUAUUUUGGAAUAGUAUCACUUUGGUCUCUGACCAUCUUAGCCUAUGAGAGAUACAAUGUGGUGUGUGAGCCAGCUGGAGCUCUGAAGCUCAGCGCACAAAGAGGUUACCAAGGACUCGCGUUUAUUUGGCUGUUCUGUCUGAUUUGGGCAAUAGCACCUCUAUUUGGCUGGAGUUCUUAUGGUCCUGAAGGUGUUCAAACCUCUUGCUCCAUUGGAUGGGAAGAGAGAUCCUGGAGUAACUACAGCUAUCUGGUUACAUACUUUCUGACAUGCUUCGUUAUUCCUGUAGCCAUUAUUGGAUUUUCAUAUGGAAGCAUACUCCAGUCAUUGCAUAAGCUAAACAGGAAAAUUGAGGAGCAAGGAGGAAGAACUAACAGAGAAGAAGAGCUCCGGGUUGUGGUUAUGGUGUUGUUUAUGGUUAUUGCUUUUCUAAUCUGCUGGCUUCCAUACACCAUUUUUGCUCUUAUUGUCGUCAUUAAUCCAACACUCUACAUUCCUCCUCUUGCUGCAACUCUGCCUACAUACUUUGCCAAGACCAGCCCGGUCUACAACCCAAUUAUCUACAUAUUUUUAAAUAAACAGUUCCGCCAUUGUGCUGUUCAGUGCUUGACAUGCGGCCACAUUGACUUAUUGACACCAGAAGAGGACAGUGCAUCUAUGAUUGUUCCAGCUGAAAUUCAAGCAGCUCCUAAAACCAAUCAAGUGGCUCCAGCCUAA